AUGCAGUUGCGGGUGGUCGGCGUGGCUGUGGCGGUUGUCCAGGGGGCGGCGCGGGGAGCUUUUCAAAUCGGCGAGUCCGAUCCAAGUCGAUGCACAUCGUGCUGGCAACUCGCCCACUGCACGGCCCUCAACGGCUUGAGCUUGCCCGAUCCCGUUGUGGGCUACACGCGAAACGCGACAACACAGCUAGAAAAACAAGGAGUGUGCGAGGACAUCGAUCGCGCCGUGACGUUGCUGACUGUGUUUGGUGGCAAGUAUCAGUACAAAGACACGCCUGCGUGCCGUGAAUUGGUAUAUGCACUCAACUGCUUGACAUGGGGUUCCGCAUCCAACCCGUGCGUGAAUGCGCCGAUGCCGCCAUGCCGCUCGCUGUGUGUGCAAGUUGCCGAUCAAUGCGUCUUCAUGCGGUCGUACAAACUCUUCUUGACACAAGUGUGUUCGACGAUCCCGUGCACGGAGAAAGCAACAGGGAAUUGCGUCCCAGGAGAGAAUGAACUCGACCAGAGAUUCAAUCGAUGCACCUUGCACGACGACUACCUGGCACUGCCCUUGUCCCGUGGGUCGCAACUCUCUUCGUUGACAACCGUCUUCGCAGUUCAGUCCCUCGUGUGGCUCGCAGUCUGGGUAUAAUGCACAGGGCCGAAGUGGAUUCCAGUUAUUUCAUCUUUCGGACACUGCAGGCAAGCUGUGACGACAGAGAAGCCGAUCAACAGCCGACAUUGACGACGACUUGUGGCAGCCUUUCUCCUUUGCAAUGUCAUGCCCAGCUCAGUGCCAACAACCUGCUCUCGAUGAACACAUGAGGAUGCUGAUAAAUGGACUUGACUGCAGAAUGCGGUUUGACGUGACAAGGAAUGCCCGACCACCUGCACUCCAACAUAUCCUCGGCUCUGUCAGGCUAUGAGGCGUAGUUUUUGC